AGUGACGUCAUCCCUGCAGCACCGGACAGGGCUGCGUCCCUGCAGGAGCAGACAUCCGACUUGACAUCGCAUCUGGGCAGCGCAACACGGCAGCAGGACACCAAGGAAAACUACAGCACACACACACACACACACAGACACACAGCUUUCACUGUUCACUCUCUCGCUGCACGGAGCGGAUUGGAAUAUCAUGGGCAACGUUCAGCCCACCGUAGUCCCCUAUGAGGACUUUGAUGUGACAGCUGACAUCAAGGCCAUCAGGAAAGCAUGUAAAGGUUUAGGCACAGAUGAAGAGGCCAUUAUUCAAAUCCUGGCCAAUCGUUCAGCAGCUCAACGUGUGGAGAUCAAACAGGCCUACUUUGAAAAGUAUGAUGAUGAGUUGGAGGAGGUCCUAAAGAAGGAGCUGGCAGGUAGUUUUGAGAAGGCCGUCUUGGCCAUGUUGGACCCUCCUCAUAUUUACUUCGCCAAGGAGCUGAGGAAGGCCAUGAAGGGGGCGGGAACAGAUGAAGCCGUGCUGGUGGAGAUCCUGUGCACAGCCACUAAUGAGGACAUCUGUAGCUACAAGGAGGCCUAUGCCCAGGUGAAUGAGCGUGACCUAGAGGCAGACAUUGAGGAUGACACCAGUGGAGAUGUGAGGAACCUGCUCAUCUCUCUCAUGCAGGCGGCCAGAGACGAGGGCUAUGAAGUUGAUGAGGAUUUAGCUGAACAGGAUGCAAGAUCUUUGUUUGAGGCAGGAGAAGGCAGGUUUGGCACAGACGAGUCGACCUUCACCUUCAUCCUGACGCACAGGAACUACAUGCAGCUUCAGGCCACCUUUAAAGUUUACGAGUCGCUCUCAGGAACAGACAUUUUGGACACCAUCGAUUCUGAGGCAACAGGAACUCUCAAGGACUGCUACAUCACUCUGGUGAGGUGUGCUAAGAACCCGCAGCUGUUUUUUGCCCGACGCCUCAAUGGCGCCAUGAAGGGAUUGGGCACUGACGAAGACACGCUCAUUCGCAUCAUUGUAGGCCGCUCUGAGAUCGACCUGGAGACGGUGAAGGACAUGUACCUGGAGAAAUACGACGUUACCCUGAAAGAUGCUCUGGAUUCAGAGUGCGGUGGAGACUUCAAACGCCUCCUCAUCGAGAUCCUGCAUUGAAACAUCUCACCAACAUCCUACAGGCCUUAUUUAACCAACAUGACACAGUCUGACCUCUGUACCCACUCACCCUUCAUCCUCCUCCUCUUUGUACUCAUUUUUACCAGUUUCACUUUGUGGAUGUCUUUCUAUCUAUCAUCCUUCUUACAUAUCACAUCUUAGAAAUAGUCAGUUCUCUUUGCAGCAUGGACCAAAAACCAACUCAUUUAUUAUACAAUAUGAUGUUUUACACAUGGUUAACUUACAUUCAUGGUCUUUAAAUACACAGUUUUGCCAAGAACAUUACACUCACGGAGAUUCUCUCACUGUUUUAGUCCCAAAAAAAUGAAAGAGGUGCAUUAAAUAUUUAUUAUCCCUUUGACAAUAUUAUGGCAGCAUUGUGGAACAUGUGCAGCUUUAAUGAGCAUUAAUGUCUUUGUCUAAAUUGAUAGUGCUAGUCUAGUUCUUUGGUCAUGGUCAGCAGCUUUACAGUCUUUCUGUAUUGUACUUCACUAUUUCAAGCAAAUCCCAAAGCAUGUAAGAGGUUGCUGCUGCUCAACAUAAACCCUGUAGCCUCUUAUAUCUGUCACUUUAUCCCUUUUAUUUCGUCAGCAUACAUUAACUUCACUACUAUUUGCCUCAGAGAUGCCUUUCAUGAGACGAUAGCGAUGUAAUUCCCUUUUCGCUGCAACACUCAACACUAAAGUGCCGAAUUUUCACGUUUGAUCUCUGAAAUCUGGAUACACCAGAGGAUUAAUUAUACAUGAUUAUAUUAUUGCCCUGAUGAAGCCUAAACUCUUUGCGUACACGUUUAUUGGGUUUUUGUACUCACAUCCCUGAAUGCUAUGUGGGAUUUUUAAACUAUAGUUAACUAAUUUGUAAUCUUAUUUUUAACCACAGCUCACAUUUACACACUUUGUUAGACUGUUUUUCCUGUUGUCACAUAGCCGGUAAAUUUAAGCCUACUUAUACUAAUAAAGUUAUAGUACAUGAUAAUUGUGUAAAACAAGAUAUACAUUUGUCUGUGUAACCCCUGAAGUAUAAUCACUGAUAAUAGACUCACAGUCUGGAUCCAUUUAUGGAAUUGUAUCGUAACUAAUUGUAUUUAAAACCAAGAUUACAGUAAUAUAAAUUACUAUAACAUAUGGUUAUAUAGCAAAGUAAUAAACUAAAUUAUAUGAACGAACUAAUUGUUAACAUGUUGUACCAACAUAAAAAUGUGGCAUCUGUAAGCAGUGAUAAUAAAUUUUAACCAAAAAA